AUGCCUGAUAUUAAAGGAGCAAUGGACAUCUUAGUCAAGAAAAGACAAGAGGCCAACAUCAAUACAAACAACAAAUUUUUCUUUGUCCGCCCGUCUGAAGACUCAUUGAAUCACAUUCGCCACUGGGACUGCCUGAGAAAACAAUGUACUGGGCUUAAAUUAAAACAACCUGAUUUGAUAACAAGUACCCACCUUAGAAAGUAUGUUGCAACGGUUUCCCAAGUGUUAGACCUCCAAGAAAAAGAGUUAGAUUGGCUGGCAAGACACAUGGGACAUGAUAUCAGAGUACACAGGGAAUAUUAUAGACUCCACGAGUCAACCCUGGAGCUAGCUAAAGUCAGCAAAAUAUUGGCACUGGUGGACUGCCUGAGAAAACAAUGUACUGGGCUUAAAUUGGCACUAAUGGAUGAGGAAAACAUCAAUCAAGCCAUUGGGAAAUCUCUAAAUGACAUUGACGUUCCGGUUGGCAAGAGUGAGCAAAUUUAG